CGAGAGCCGCUCGAGAGCCGCACGGGAAACACGUCGGCACGGGCGCUGUCCGCGCUGGGCCGCAGCGAAGGAGCUCGCGGCGCGGAAGAGGCGCUCGAGACGCAGAGGCUCAGCGGCCACGCGGGCACGCGCACGGACACGGACACGGAGCAGCGCGGCGUUGUCCAGCCAGUCUUCCCAGUCCAGGAUGCAGUGGACGUUGGACUUCUUCCCGAUACCACCGUGUGCGGAGCUGGGAGCGCAGCCCCUCAGUGGCCUCCUCUGGACGCUACUCGUUCUCUUCCUGUGGUACUGCUAUCGGGUCGGCUCAGACCCCCCUGGGACGGGACGCACCCACCCAGGCAAGUUGAAAUCGGGAUCGGCGCGGUCCGGCCGCAUGUUGCGGUCCAGCAUCAGUGCCCGCGGCAGCAAUGUAGCGGCUAGCGGGGUAAACUUGUCCAAGGCCGCCGCCAGCGACAGAGUGACCCCCUGCAUUGUCAUGGAAACGGGGGAGGAGGAGGAAGAAGAGGAUGCAGAGAUGGGGCGUCACCGUGGUUACCUCACACCAGUCCUGGGACACACCCUGUUCCCAAAUCAGGCUCCGGCGGCCAGCAAGAAGCUGUACGGUGCCCUGCAGGAGUACGCAAAGCGCUACAGCUGGGUAGGGAUGGGCCGCAUCCACAAAGGCCUGAGGGAACAGGCCAGACUUAGCGAACGCUCGUCCAUCCAGAAACCCCACCUCUUCUUCCUCCCUGAUGUUCCCAGCAUUCCCUUCUUCCCACGCGACGCUCACCGCCAUGACAUCGAAGUCCUGGAGGCCAGUUAUCCCAUCAUCCUUGCUGAGUUCCAGGCCGUCUACCAGAGGGGUGUCGAUGCAAAGCUCGGCUGGACCUGCCAGAGCCCCAAGGGGCAGGCCGUGUUCCCGCUGUACAGCGCAGGGGUCUGCGUCGCCGCCAACUGCCGCUCGUGUCCCCACAGCUACCGCACCCUCCUGUCGCUACGCACCUUCAUCAGCAGCAACUCGCUGGGCUCCGCCGGCUUCUGGGUGCUGGGCCCCGGGGCCACGCUGGGCGGCUGCUACGGCCCCACCAACGCUCGCCUGCGCUGCCACCUGGGGCUGCAGACGCCGCCCCAGUGCGAACUGGUCGUAGGAGGAGAGCCGCAGUGCUGGUCGGAGGGACACUGCCUCCUGGUGGACGACUCCUUCCUGCACACGGUCUCGCACAACGGCACGGCGGAGGACGGCCCCAGGGUGAUAUUCAGCGUGGACCUCUGGCACCCAAAUGUGGCCGCAGCUGAGAGACAGGCCUUGGACUACAUCUUUUCCCCCGAGCAGUAGGCUGCGGCUCCCAGAGCGCUCCGGUUCUACUGCCUCGACUGUACUAAUAAAGGGGAAGCGGCGCGUGCGUGCGCGUGCGUGCGCCUGCGCGCGUGUCAGAUAUGCUGUGCUGUUGAAUAGACGUCGUACCAACUUGUUCUCCUCGGUAUUCCGGCCACUGCUAUUCUCGAGCAUCGCGCCCCGAGAAUCCGCCCGCUUCUUCUCUGUGCGAGAAGGCGUGGACUCGGCCCACGACACUGUGACACACGGAGGUGCGCACGCCUGUCGGGAUGCGCCGCUUUCCUCGCUGCACCUUCUUCUCUCGUGUCGUGCCUGAAAUGUUUUAUUUUCUCCAACUCUGACAUACUGUGAUAUCUUCCUCGAGUGCUCGUUUCAGUCUGUAUUUAACACACCCAGCGACUAUGCUUUGUGUACCUUAGUUGUGUAAAAAAAAAGUUUUAACUUUAAGCUAUAUUGACAGAAAAACAUAUGAAAAAAAUG